CAAUUGUAGAGAAAGAAUAUUCAGUCAUCGGUAGUUGCUUGCAAGAAUGAUUCAGGUAGACAGGAUUGAACCUGUGCUCCUGUCAAUCUCAUUCUUACAGCAUUGAACCUGUGCUGCUCGUCGAUCUCUCAUUCUUACAGGAUUGAACCCGUGCUGCUCGUCGAUCUCUCAUUCUUACAGGAUUGAACCCGUGCUGCUCGUUGAUCUCUCAUUCUUACAGGAAUGCUUUUUGAAGAAGCAGGGUCGACCUGCAUUACAGAAGACAGUACGCAAUGCCCCAGAAGCAGCAAGCUUCACAUCUUCCAUCUGUUCAGCUUCUCUGGAUUGAACCGUCGGCCCAGAUGUUGAUGAGAGCAAAUUUUUCUUCAUUCCUGCUGCAAUCUGGCUCAUGCUGUGUCUCAGUCAACAGAAAUAUGGCUAAACAGAAUAAACAGAAAUGUUCCUUGUGGAAGUGAAACCUUCGCACAGGCAUGGCUGUUUGUUAUUGCGUCGGCUCGCAAACGGCCGUCAAGCAUUUUGUCUCGCUCGACCCGGGUCACAGCGUGUCGACCCACAUACUGAGGUGGCGGUUUCACAAUCCGCAGGAUUGUGAUCCGGGUAGCCAGAACCCGGGUUGAGACCCAGCAGUCUUGCACCCUCCCUCUCUCCCUCUCCACCUGGAUGGCAGGGGUGUUGCGAGCGCUUCUUAGCGCCUCAGAGAAGGCUGCAAACAUUGCUCGAGUGUGCAGACAGGAGGGGGCGCUGUUCCAGCUGCUCAUCCAAGAGAAGACGGGAGCAGACAAGAACAAAAAGUUCAUCCAGGACUUCAAAACCCUGGCAGACGUCAUCAUACAGGAAGUAGUGAGACACGAUGUCGGCAAGCAGUUCCCAGAGCUCCUGCAUGCCAUCCAUGGAGAGGAGUCCAAUACGUUUGAGAACAAACUGGGAGGGCGUGUGGAGGUGCAGGUGUGCUCCACGGAGACGGACACCGCCGCUCUGCUGUGCUCGGUUCUGGAUGGCAACAAGGAGGCUGCAGGGCUGCUGGCACAGACUAUUCACCAGGAGAUUGAGCUCCGAGACCCGGCUGCAGAGAGGCUCGAGCUGGCCAUUCCUACCAGCAGCAUGGGCAUCUGGAUCGACCCGAUUGACUCCACCAGCCAGUACAUUAAGGGGCGAGGGGAUGUAGAGCCAGAGAAGGGGCUGUACCCAUCCGGCCUGCAGUCAGCGCUGGUCCUGAUCGGAGUGUACGAUCGGGGGAGUGGGGAGCCCAUCAUGGGGGUGAUCAACCAGCCCUUCAAUCAGUGCGACCCGGGAUCACUCAGGUGGCAGGGCCAGUACCAUUGGGGAGUCUCCUAUCAGGGCCUGAGCGCAUCAUCGCUGGCUAGACCGGCACCCCCUCCUCACAAGGAGCUCUCUGUGGUGCUGAGCAGCAGUGAGACGGAGACGGUUAAGCAGGCUCUGAUGCCCCUGUGUGGCCGGAGGAUGUAUCGCGCCUCAGGAGCCGGAUAUAAGUUUCUCUGUGUAAUUCUGGGCCUGGUGGACGCAUAUGUCUUUUCUGAAAACACGACCUUCAAAUGGGACUCCUGCGCCCCUCACGCCAUCCUGCGCUCCCUGGGUGGAGGGGUGGCAGACCUGGCAAGCAGCCUGAGUCACCCCCACGGGGGUCUGCCCGAACUGAAGUACCACCAGCCACGAGAUGGGGUGCAGGGGGUGGAGAGGUGGGCGAACCACGGGGGCUUGGUGGCUUUCCUCUCUGAGCAGAGUUUGAAAGAGAUUCUCAGUGCUCUGUCUGGAAAUGUGCUGCAGUAGCUGCUUGUACAGGGGUUGGGAAUGAGCUUGGUUGUGUUUAAAGUGCAGCUAACAAAACAGAUUUAAAACCUGGUAUCUGGUGCUACACUUGGGAAAGCCAUGCUUUCAGUCAGGGUUUCACUUCCAUGGUCACCUGCAGGGUGGAAUUAUACCCAUCUAGGAAGUGCAAGUGGAGCAGAUGGUUUUAAUGAGGAAUAUACACUUUCUUUAACUUCUUGUAGUUCCACAUAUCAUGUUUGAAAAUGGAAAGAAUGUCUGUUAAACUGCUCCUUUGAGACGAGCGAACGGAAGUGAAAACAAGAUGUGUGGAAUUAUUUUGUUCACUCCAAUAUAACCUUUAACCCAACCCCAACCCUAAAUAUUGGGAUGCUUGUUGUAAUGAAGAGAGUUAUUUAAUAAGUGGAUAUGUACAAGAGUGCUGACUGUACUGGAUUAACUUAUUCAUCAUGUUUUAAAUACAGGAUUCAAAAUGUCAUAUUUGCGGGAAACUGGUUCUUGGUCCAAGAGAGCUGGUAGCCAAAUGUCGUUAUACCAAACUGAUGGGAUGGUUACGUUUGAAAGAUUUUUGGAAUAUUAGGAUUUAUGAAAAUUGAUCUCAAGUAUGAUAGAACUAGACACGGUCAGGAUGUCUCGCCCGAGUGGCUGAGCGCAGCGAUCUGCUCAGGGUUUGCAUCUCAUACUCAACAUAGCCAAACAAAGGAAGCGUGUCAUCAUGUAGCCAGGAGGUGCGUGUGGAGAAGAAACCGGCAGGGAAAUCACUGCCAUUGUGGCUGAUUUCCUUUCAUAUAGGUAAAGCACACAUGGGACAUUCUCUUCAUUGUUUUACUUUAAGCUUUAGAGUAUUCACCGAAGCCAGAAAACUUUGUUGAAUUGAACAGUGCUGACGCUGCUCCGGCACUCAGGACACAAGUCUGAAGCCACAUUGCUUUUUGUUUUUUUUAUUCAUGAUAAACACAAUGACAAACCCUGGCUGCUUGUCUGGCUGUGCUCUCCUUCGAACAGCUUCCUUUCUAUUUGGAUGAGCCGAUGGGUGCAUUUAUUUGUUACCGCCGGUUUAUUUAAAACAAAACAAUACAAUCCCACAAUCCCCCAGUGACCUUUGACACACAAAGUAUUUCCAAGGUUGGCCAGGUUUGGAGAAAAGCCCCGAAACGCUCUUUAGAUUUCGGAGGCUCGCCGUGGGCAGUGGAAAUGAGGUACAGGUCGAUUAGGUGAAAAUAGAUGAAUAGUACUGUAUUUGAUAAUGUCUGGUGCUCGAAUUGUGAAUGUAACACCAUGCUGCGUGUACACCGUAUUUCAAACUAUUUAUUCAUAUGUUAUAAAAUCUAAUUUGUGUUAAUGGAUUGCAACUGCACUUCAUCUGAAACCACACACCUCCUGAAACCGCUACUCCAUCCUGAAACCGCACGCCUCCUGAAACCGCUACUCCAUUUAAAACCGCACGCCUCCUGAAACCGCUACUCCAUCCUGAAACCGCACACUUCCUGAAACCGCUACCCCAUUCUGAAACCGCAACUCCAUCCUGAAACUGCAACUCCAUCCUGAAACCGCACGCCUCCUGAAACUGCUACUCUAUCUGAAACCGCACGCCUCCUGAAACCAUAAUGUUGUUGUAGCUGACAGUAAUGUUGUUGACGCUGACACCCUGGGAUCCUUCAAGAAGCUGCUUGAUGAGAUUCUGGGAUCAAUAAGCUACUAACAACCAAACAAGCAAGAUGGGCCGAAUGGCCUCCUCUUGUUUGUAAACUUUCUUAUGUUCUUAUAACUCCAUCUGACACCGCAACCUUAUCCUGAGAUCGCAACUCCUAUCCUAAAAAUAACAAUAACUGAAACUAUAACUCCAUCCUGAAACCACUACCCCAUCCUGAAACCACAAUUCCAUCCUGAAACCACUACUCCAUCCUGAAACCGCAAUUCCAUCCUGAAACCACUACCCCAUCCUGAAACCGCAACUCCUUCCUGAAACCACUACCCCAUCCUGAAACCGCAACUCCUUCCUGAAACCACUACCCCAUCCUGAAACCGCAACUCCAUCCUGAAAUCACGCGCUUCACAAUCACGUGACCAUUAGCUGACGGCCAGAUUCUGAAUUCCACUAUCACCACUGCCCUGGGACAGACUUCCUAAGCGCACAUCGACGUGGUGAGAACGACCCAAGUACGUUUUGGUUUGUCUGUUCAACAGUUUUAUGGCUACAAUUUGUUGGUUUUCAACUUUUAGUUCUAAGUAAUGAUUUAGACUGUCCUUAAAAUGAGUUUUAUUACCUUUCCUGACAAAGCAUUAAAACACAUUUAUGCUAAAACUCGGGUUCAUUCCAGCCCAGCAGCUAUGCUGUGUUUACACACUGAGUGUCUUAAUUCCUCAGACAAUGUCAUUGUAAACUGAAUAAUAUGUACUGUAUUUUUAUUUUGGGAGAGUGGGGUUGAGGGUAGAUGCUGGUGGUUAAAACACCUUUCUUUAAAUUAUUUAUUUAUAUAUAAAUAUAUCAAAGUUUAAAAGUGUAGAUUUUUAGACAUUAAUAAUUCUUCUGAAGUGCUGUUGUAAUGUUAUUAUUAUUUUUUUAUGUAUUUCUGUAUUUUGUGCUGCCAUUAGGUGACCUGUAAACAAGACCUAUAGUGUCAGUGGUUAUGCUGUACAGUGUAAUAAAAAAUAAACGGUUAUUCUGA